CGCUCACUUGCCGCGAUGGCCAAGGGCCUCCGCGUCCCCAAACUUGAUCUCGCCGCCGUCCUGGCAUCUCAGAACCCUCAGAUCGACCUUCGUCUAGAAUCAUACGAGAAUUCUACGCAGAGCUUUCUCCGUGCUGUGUCGAACUACACACAACGGGCUAUCACUGAGAUCACGAACCGCAAGAAUGCGCACCUCUCGGACAGGAAGAAGCUUUCGGAGAGGAUACAGCAGAUCGAGGCGGAGACAAAUCAGUGCAAAAUCAGGGAGAUAGAGUUGAUCAAAGUCCUUGAUAGGGAGCAGGAGGAAAAGAAGGAGUUAGAAGCGUCGGUCACCGCAUUCAAACGACAAUUGGCUGUAUUCCGCGAGAAAUGCUCUUCUGUCGAAUCCGAAAUCGAGCAGCAGCGGGCAAUAGCAGCAAACCUGCAACGAGAGAGGAGCAGGGAGCAGAACCUGCUCAACUCUCAUGCGGCACGAACAGCACCGGAGCUUUCAGAGUCGGAAGCGAAGUUACAAUGUGUUAUCGAGGGCAUUGAAAAGGACAAGCUGCUUGUUCGGUUCUUCAAUCUGUAUGCGAGCAGCCGCGAGCAAGAGUGCAGUUUGGUCAUCGACGUGUCCAGUCGCUCGUAUAAAGUACCGACCACAACGCCGUACCUCCCAACACUACCCAUUCUACUGGACGAGUUGAACGAGACAAGAGAUGUGUACACCUUCGUCAAGAACGUCAGGGACGCUUUCAAGCGUGUUGUUGAGCAUUAGGUAUUUGUAUCAGUCAUGUUGUCGUCGUUGCUUUGGCGAGUCACGAAACGACGGUCGCCCUCGCCUGCUCUAUGGUUACCGGCUCAACAUCGAGUGUAUUGGUACAUGACACAGGUGGUUUCGUUGCCUUCUAAUUGAUGUUCCCCGUAGGACGCGUCUCUAGGGUUACACC